AUGCAGGCCGGUCCGUCAAGGAUUCCAGAAGAGCUCAUAGCUCCGGCUCUGCAGGCAAAUAAAGACCACCAGUACGCAUUGAAGGUGUAUACUGAACGCCUGGAAGCUGAGCUCGAGCAUCUGGACAAACUUUUAGCUUCCGCUGAUGUAUCUGACAACGAGGAGGAGGAAAUCUCCAUUCCAAACUGCGGAGGUUCCAUCGCACUUCCCGGUGCAACCAGACCUAGGGGGCUGUUCCCUGAUAGCAUGUUUUUAGAGGAGAAUUCUCCUUUUUUCGAGGAUGCCACAAGAAAGCAACGAUACGACGACCUGACCGUGGUCCACCCAAUGCAGCGACAAGAGCUGGAUGCUCUGGCAGAAGCGGUUCGCGCAGAGAAUUACCGCUUAUAUGCGCUGCAAGCACAAGCACAAGGCCUUUCGGCGUUUCUCGGAAUGGCGGAACCUCCGCCCGAGUUCAUCAACCGGAACAAAGAGGGGAUAGAUUGGGAGCGUGUCGCUCAGAAGGUAUCUUCCGUCAACUCGACAGUCGAACGCACUGCACGCGAAUGCGAGGUUCGUUGGCUGGGCGAGCUCCAUCCUGACUUCAACGACGGGCCGUGGACGCAGCCUGAAAUCCUCAAGGUUCGGCAGCUCGUGGGAUCAGCCCGCGAAGGCGAGGUCGACUGGGUCGAAGUCGCGCAGAAGCUCGGGACCGGGCGCACGCCCGUCGACUGCAUGCGGCACGCGAUCGCGCGCAAGACCCACGUAUGGACCUCGGAAGCCGACGCUUGCCUCAUGCGCGCCGUCGAGGUGUACGGGGUCGACAACUGGGCUCUCGUCGCGCGCACGGUAUCGGAAGACGCGACCCCAGCGCAAUGCCAGAACCGCUGGCAGCGCACGCUCGACCCGAGCCUCCGCCGUGGGCCAUGGACGGCGGAGGAGGACGAGCAGCUCCGGCGCGCGGUCGCGGUGUUCGGGAAUGCGUGGAUCGAGGUUGCCCAAUUUGUCGAGGGGCGGACGAACGAGCAGUGCCGCGAGCGGUACCAGGAGUACGUGAACCCGACGGUCGCCAAGGGCAAAUGGUCGGCAGAGGAAGACGAGAAGUUGCUGGAGGUGGUCGCAAGGGAGGUCAGCCGGCUUUUGGACAAUGGCCGGACGGACAACAUGGCUCAGAGUCAGCCUCCGACGUGCAACCCCCACCUGCGUCUCUUCUCGCGGACCCACCCCUGGACCCGGCACCGGCCCUCAGAUCUCAUCUUGCACCCCGAGUCAUACACAUCAAGGUCGUCCACGAGCACUCCAGCCCCGGAAACAGCGGCUCAAAAGCCCAAACCGAAACCAAGAGCCGGAAACAGAAAGCGAACGUCAACAGGAUCCUACCUGGUCUACACCCGCGAUGGCAAUGUUGCUGCGCCACUCGAGUCCGGGUCGUCCCAAGAUCAAUCUACGCCGACGGCCAGUGCUGAAGGCGUUGGCUUUGAAAGCUCCGGCAGGCCCAGCAAACGGAGACGGAUUGCAGAAGGGGAUCAUGAUGCCUCUGCGACACAAAGCCCAAGUCCACAACCUGUGGGCAGUGCUAAGGCUACCGCCCCGGACAAUGCUGAGGUCGACGACGCUACGAACGCAACAGGCGACACCGAUGUUACCAUAACACCUGUUGAAGAUGAGCCUGUAACCCGUGGACGAGGAAGAGGCAGAGGUCGUCCUCGAGGUCGUGGCCGAGGCGGGGGAGGGGAAGGGGUCGUCCACCAGGAGAGACUUCUCAGCCAGCCGAAGACUCCACGAACAACACUGCGGAUACCGCAGACAAUCCAUCGGCCGCGAUAG